UUGGAAAGGCGCGUGCAGAGCCCGGGAGCGGGAGGAUCGCUGGUCCUGAAUCCUGCAUCUCGUCCAGUGUGGGCCCCAGACUGGGGUGGGGAUGGAUCGACAGCUGACUUGGUCCUGCUCUUCCAGCAUUUCUCCAGCAGUGGCCGACAUCACCCUCCGAGUCUUUCUCUGGACCACACAAACCCAUUCGAGAAGGAGAGGCCCUUGGGCUCCAGCACCAGGUCCCAGAGCAGCAACAGUUAACCAAGGGCACCAUGUGUGCCUCGAGGCUCUGCACCUUGGUGCUCGUGCUGCAGCCUCAGCGAGUCCUCCUGGGCAUGAAGAAACGAGGCUUCGGGGCCGGCCGGUGGAACGGCUUCGGAGGCAAAGUUCAAGAAGGAGAGACCAUCGAGGAUGGAGCCAAGAGGGAGCUGCAGGAAGAGAGCGGUCUGACCGUGGACGCGCUGCAGAAGGUGGGCCAGAUCGUGUUUGAGUUCGUGGGCGACCCCGAGCUGAUGGACAUGCACAUCUUCUGCACAGACAGUGUCCACGGGACACCAGUGGAGAGCGAAGAAAUGCGCCCCCAGUGGUUCCAACUGGACCAGAUCCCCUUCGCUGACAUGUGGCCCGAUGACAGCUACUGGUUUCCCCUCCUGCUUCAGAAGAAGAAGUUCCACGGCUACUUCAAGUUCCAGAGUCACGACACCAUCCUGGACUACAAGCUUCGCGAGGUGGACACAGUCUAGGACAGAGCUGAGCUCGUCCCUCGGGCCAUGAGCACCCCUGCCCAGCCACGCCGAGGCUCCAGGCUCAGCACACCGGCCGGGCCUCCAGUCUGUCUGGCGCAUGAUUGGAUGGAAAGGAAAAUAAACCUCUUUUACUUUUUCAGCAUUCCUCACCGGGCCUCACGAAGUCCCAUCCUCGGGGAGCUGCCAGACGUGCCUGGCUGUGACCUGCACCACCGAACAGAGAUGGGGGAAAGAGACACAGGCGCAAAAGGGGAGGGGACGGCGUUUCGGACGUCCCACGGGGGAGAACUGGUGUGGGAGGCCCGGCAUAGGUGUGCAUGGGGCCGCAGGAUCCCGGGGGUGGGCUAGAGGCCGUGUUCUCCUCUCACCACCCCCCUUAUGGGGAAACCGAGGCGCGGUCAGGGCCCAGGGCUCCAACCCCCGUCUAAUGUACCAUCACUUGGUCGCCCUCCCUCCCCCAAGACAGGCUGAUUUCAUCCUGGUUUCUGACCCUGGAGAGGGGGCUGGGGGGUACCAACCACUCACACAAAAACUUCACAACUUGACCCGACUUUUAUAAACACGUUUAAUGAUAGUUGUUCAUGUAAGUUCAGUGAUAAAAAUCUCGGAACGUAGCUCGUUUGUAAACAAUUCCA